AGCUAACUUGUCAUAUAGCUCACCACGCGCAGAUUGCGAUCUCGCCGUCAGACGAAUUCAACUGGCUGUGUCACUCGCAAUUCAAGCCCACUCAGUCUCGCACAACCUGCUGCGGGACCCUCACGUAUUCCAUUACGGCGUAACGGCCCGACCGAGGAAGCGAUCGUGCCUGCGAUGAACAGCGUUCACAUCGAUGACGACUCGGACGAGGAUGAUCCACAUGGCACAGUCAUCUCUUGGUCGAAAAACGGGCGUCAGCUUGCGCUUGAAUACGCUAGCGUCGACCUCCGCGCGCGCGAUCUCCCGUUCAACUUGCAAAACAGGAUGAUGUCACUGCCAAUUGAAGUGCGGAUGGCAGAUGGCCUUCAGAGGAAAGUCUUUACUAGCAUGAUCAGCGUCGGUACGGUCGAUGACGAGCCAUACGCACCUGAGAUCAACAUCAUUAACGACGUGGACGAUGAACUGAGCCCUUCUUUUGAAUUCCACUACACCAACAAGAUGUAUCACGGCAAGAAUGUCCCGGGGCCUAACGUGUAUGGUUUGGAUGGAUGCGACUGUAUCGGCUCAUGCGACCCCAAGAGCACGACAUGUCCCUGUGUUAAGAGGCAGAUGCACUACAUGGAAGCAGCAGUGUUGGAGGAGUUUGACCGUGGCUUUGCUUACGGACCAGAUGGACGAAUACGAACAGAGCACGUCGAGUAUCCGAUCUUCGAAUGCAACGCGGCCUGUCGGUGCGACGACGACGAUUGCCAGAACCGGGUGGGUGUUACUCCUUCACGUAGAAGACUGGCUUUCGUAAUCCUUCGAUCAGGUCAUACAGAAGGGAAGGAAAGUCAGGAUUAACAUCAAAAAGACACUGAACAAGGGCUGGGGUGAGUACUUCGCGU